UUCGCAUGUAUGUUUUCAUCUUAUCAAAAUUAUGCCAAAUCUCUGACUGUCAGUUGAACAACGACAACUACGCGAAGCACACUAAAAUACGAACAUCGAACGACGCAAGAUGAGAUUCGCUUCCGCUUCCGUCUACUACAUAUUAUGGGCAUUAUUGGCGUCGUGCCAAUGGCGGCUAGUUACCUCUGGCGUUUACGAGGGACUCAACAUCAACACUCCUCUUACCCAUGAGAUCAUGCGGCAGGCCAAGUCGGCUGCCAUGAGAUCUUAUAUGAACAACGAUGCGAAACCGUGCGAUGAGUUCUAUGCAUACGCAUGUGGUAACUACGGGAGAAUUAAUCCGGUUAUGGAGAGAGUCAGCUCCGAUAUUCUGACCACCCUGAAUGAUGGCUAUGUCCGACGCAUUGGUCAACUGCUAAAUGAACCCAAGAUGAGCACGGACAGUCCGACGGAAACAAGAGUCAAGUACUUUUACGAGUCCUGCGUAAACACAUCGAGACAGCCGUGGAAUCAACGUCCCUUUCUCAUCAGGCUGCUCAAGGAGUUUGGAGGAAUGCCCGCUCUGGAGGGGACUGCAUGGAAUGCUUCCAACUUCGAUGCCAUCGAAGUGAUGGCGCGACUGCUGAAACGUUUCGGCAAGGUAACGCUCAUCAAUGUGGAAGUAUCGCCAGGAUUGUCCAACACUCAGAUUAAUAAAAUAUACCUCGGACAACACAGUGGCCUUGCCAGCAAGCUCAGUGAUCAGCUAAAGUUGCAGCAGAGCUUGGAGCAUCUGCUAGGUCUUAGUAAAGAGAAUGCUCGUAAAACUGCUGCGGAAAUUACUGAACUAAAUGCGGCAUUGUUAGUUGGCGUCGUUGAGUCGAGCGAAAAACUGCCACCGGGCCAGAUGAACCAUCUCCGUUUGUUGGACGAGAUGACCGAAAGCUAUGGCCAAAACUUGAAUCUCACACAAUUCGUUCGCAGCUGGUUGGGAAACAAAUAUCUGCUGCCCGUCUAUCACCACGGCGAGAGCUAUAUGUGGCAGCUCAAGAAGCUACUCGGUACGACGCCCAAGCGUAUUCUGGCCAAUUAUCUGCUCUCCUCGCUGCUAAACGACUUUAAGUUGGUACCGUGUGCCGAAAAGACGGCAGAGAUGUUUCCGGACUUUGUGGAUCACAUGGUAUAUCGCUCGCUGGAGAAGCAGAAUCCCCAUAUUCCGGGCAGCUUGCGACAUCUGUGGCAAGAGCUGAAAGUGUCCUUUGAGAAACUACUGCGCUCUCCCAGCGCCAACUGGCUGGACGAGCAGACACUUGGCGAGGCCUUGCUCAAGUUAAAGUCCAUGUCCUUCAGUGUUCGCGGUGCAGAUGCGCCAGACUUUGAGAAGCACUAUGCUAGCUUGGUGAUCAGCACUGCUGACUACUUUGGCAAUGUGCAACGUGUGCUGGAGAUGCGUGGGCGACAUCUACGCGACGAUUUGGAGCGGCCGCCGAAUUUCAAAAACUACAAUAAGAUCGAAUUGUCGCCAUUCUAUGCGCUGUUGCAUAACCAAGUCGUUAUCCCCGCCAGCCACAUGCAGCAUCGCUAUCUCUUUGACGAUGCCUAUCCCAUGGCCCUCAAGUAUGGCACUGUUGGCUACUUGCUCGCCCACGAGAUGGUACACGGCUUCGAUGACUUGGCAAGCUCACUGGAUGCUCAGGGCAAUCUGCGGGAUUGGUGGCAAAAGAAUACCACUGAACAGUUCGAGCAGCGCAAGCAGUGUCUGGUACAGCAGUUCAGCGCGAUCACCUACAAUGGUAAAAAGCUACCCAGGAUGAAGCUGCAGUCCGAAAAUAUUGCCGACAACGCUGGAGUUCGCAUCGCCCAUGCAGCGUAUGUCAAUUGGCUGCAACAGCAGCCAACAGUGGACAGUGAUUCCGAAACCGAUUCGGAGCUUCUGCCUCGACUGUCGCUCACCUCGGAGCAGCUCUUCUUUCUUGCCUUGGGCCAAAUGUCGUGCUCAGAACUGCGUCCGGAGAGGCGUGAAGCAGCUGCCUUCAUUAGCGACGGUCAUGCUCCGAAUGAGGUGCGUGUGAAUGCCAUUAUGAGCAACUUUGAUGGAUUCGCAACGGCCUACAAGUGUCCUCAGGGCACGCCCAUGAAUCCCACCGAAAAGUGUGUCAUCUAUUGA